GCGAGCUAAAAUUAUCAUUUCCGUAAUUGAUCACACGACAACAUUGGCAUUUGACAAAUAAUUUUGCAAAAAUGAUGAACUACAUGCCUGAGAUGACCUUUAAUGUAGACCAUGGAUAUCUUGAAGGUCUACUUAGAGGAUUCAAGAGCGGAAUUUUGAGACAAAAUGAUUAUUUGAACCUUGUUCAAUGUGAAACUCUCGAAGACUUGAAAUUACAUCUGCAGAGUACAGACUAUGGAAAUUUUCUGGCAAAUGAACCAAGCCCCCUAACAGUAUCUGUGAUUGAUGACAAACUGAAAGAAAAACUGGUUGUUGAAUUUCAACACUUGCGCAAUCAGUGUGUAGAGCCACUGUCAACCUUUUUAGAUUAUAUCACGUACAGUUACAUGAUUGACAAUAUCAUCCUCUUGAUCACUGGAAUUCUCCACCAGCGACCCAUCAAUGAGCUCAUUCCUAAAUGUCAUCCUUUGGGAAGCUUUGAACAAAUGGAGGCCAUUCACAUCGCUUCCACUCCAGCAGAAUUGUACAAUGCUGUUCUGGUGGACACUCCUAUUGCUCCCUACUUCCUUGAUUGUAUAUCUGAACAAGAUCUUGAUGAGAUGAACAUUGAAAUCAUCAGAAACACACUGUAUAAGGCAUACCUGGAGGAUUUUCACAGUUUCUGUCGUGAAUUGGGUGGAGCCACUGCUGAGGCCAUGUGUGAGGCACUUGCAUUUGAAGCAGACAGAAGAGCUUUCAUCAUUACCAUCAACUCGUUUGGAACGGAGCUGACAAAAGAAGACCGGGCCAAGCUGUACCCCCGUUGUGGGGACCUCUACCCCUAUGGUCUGCAGCUGUUGGCCAAGGCUGAUGACUACGAUCAAGUCAGACAAGUGGCUGACAUUUACGGGCACUACAAGGAAUUGUUUGAAGGUAGUGGAACUGGACCAGGGGAGAAGACUCUAGAGGACAAAUUCUUUGAACAAGAGGUAAAUUUCAUGAAGAAUUCCUUCAUGCAGCAGUUUCAGUUUGGUGUGUUUUAUGCCUACGUGAAGCUGAAGGAGCAAGAGAACAGGAACAUCAUCUGGAUCGCGGAGUGUGUGGCCCAGCGACACAGGGCAAAGAUUGACAGCUACAUUCCCAUUUUCUGAACAAUCAGGGUUGAACAAUCAGGACCACAGUUUCUUCUCUUAGUGCUGUUAAAAGGAGGAUUUUUAAUUAAAAGUGGGAUUAUAAUAAAGAUUAUUGUGUAUUUAUUGAAUUAAUUAAUAUAUUGGCUGUGAUUUGAUGCAGAAAAAAAAUUGAUGAAAUUUUUAUUACAUCAUUGUUAUGAUAUAAGCGGGUACAGCCUAUUUCCUGCAUGAUGUCACCAUGCUUUUGAUUAAUGCAAUAGGAUAGCAUGGAUUGUGACUUCUCCUUUUUUACAGUAAUUCUCCAAGUUUAUGAAAUCCACCUGUACAAUUUGAUGUUAGGUUGUAGUAUGCAUGUAAUGUAGUAGGAGACCUAUUCUGAAAACAAAAAUUUCUUGUAGUAGACUUUAGUCCAACUGUCAGCAGAUCAGUUCAUUACAUGUAUACUCUAGUCAGAUGUAUGAUUUUUAUCAUAGUACUGUAACCACAGAUUCUUAUAAUUGGUGGAACAUUCUUCCAUGACUGUUGAAAAACAUUUAUUUGUGAUGGUUUGAUCGUGAUGUGAUACAUUUAUUAAUAUCAUAACAUAUUACUGUUGUUAUUGACAUUCCUUGUAAAAGCCUCAUCUGGUAUAGUAAGCUUUUUCACAAGCUAAAUGUAAUCAAGAAAAUGUAUUAAAGUCAUUAUUAGAUAAC